AGGGCGGGGCAGAAUCCGCGUGCCCGUCUGUUUGCAUGCGUGCGUACGCGUGCGCGACAGUUCCUGAGGACAGCCGCUCGGAUGCGGACAUGUCGGUGGCGUUUGUGCCAGAGCGGCUGAGGGGAAAGGCGGAAGUGAACCAGGAGACCAUCCAGCGGUUGCUGGAGGAAAAUGACCAGCUGAUCCGGUGCAUUGUGGAGUAUCAGAACAAGGGACGAGCUGCAGAGUGCACACAGUACCAGCAUGUAUUGCACAGAAAUCUCAUUUAUUUGGCAACCAUUGCAGAUGCCAGUCCAGCAAAUGCUCCAAAAACAGUGGAUUGAUUGAUUAGUCCUUACCUUUUUGCCAUAUUGUGAGUAUGCAUCCCCUUCAAAGAAAUGGAGCCAUGACUUUUGCCAAUGCCAUUGUUGAAGCUGCGCCUAGGAAACAGGACUCAAGGCCCAUUUUCAAGAGCAACUGGAUGUUAAAUGUCACUUUUCAUUAUUUAGCACAUCCUUCUAAAUAGUUGUUACUCAGCACAUCAUUUUUCCAAAUGAUCAUCUUUGGGAGAAAUAAAACAUCAGGAAAUCUUUUCAGAGCUUACUUCCUGGGCUAUCAGCUUAAAGGAGGCUGAGUAGAGACAGGAGGCAUGGCACUCUUGGCGAUAUCCUAUUGUUUAUACAUAUAAAUGUAAUUGCUCCCAGCAAUUGUUUAUUAAAGUUAUGGUUCUCUGAA